UUAAGAAUUCAUCCAUGGCAAUCCCCUGAUCCCCGAGCCAACUACAAACAAAAACAAAAAGAAUUUCUUCAAUUUUAGGCUUCUUCAACUUUUUCCGCACCAAUAACUUCUCUGAAAAUCGUUUACAAUUACAUUAAUCUCUGAAGAAAAAUCUAUUUGUGCAUUUCAGAUUUUCGUUAUCUGGGAAAUCAUAAGAAUGCUUUUGCUAUUAGAACAAUAAAUUGUGAGGAGUUUUUUUGGUUUUUUUUUUUUCCCUCUUGCAGUCUCCGUCUUUUCUCACCAGACUAUUGCUCCUAAUGUUGUCGAGUCGAUUAGAAAUCCUGGAACAAUAAUCAAAAGGGAAGGAAUAGAGAGCAUAGCAGAAACCCUUUUCAAUUUUGAUUCGAUAUCAUGGGAGAUAACGAGCAUUCUGGAGAUGAAAAAGCCCUUCCAGAGAAUAAGAAGAGAACAGUCAAAACACGUGCUCAGGUUGAAGCUUUGGAGCAAUUCUAUGAUGAACACAAAUAUCCUACAGAGUCUAUGAAAGAAGAAGUUGCAAAGGCAAUAGGAUUGACAGAAAAGCAGGUUUCUGGGUGGUUUUGCCACAGGCGGUUGAAAGAUAAGAGGUUGUCGAAUGAUGCAAAGGCCGGCGGAAGACAAGAUCGCUCUAGUGGAAUUGUACAAGAUCGUGGGAGUGGAUUUAGGCAGGAUUCUUGUGGCAGCACUAAACAAGGGGAUGAUAGGCAUUUUGAACCCAGAGAAGUAGAAAGUAGAAGAUUAACUUGCCAAGAAUCUUCUGCUGCAGAGAUCAACUAUGAGCUUGGUAGUCGUCAUUUGGCUAUGGCUAAACAUUGUUCCCCUGAUGACACUUCAUCAGGAAGUAGCUCUUCGUUGCGGCAUACGUCUUUCUCUUAUGAGAGAGAUCAUUUUGGAGUGGAUGUUUCAAGAAACCAUGGACAAGGUUUGGCAAUUGGAGUAAAGGAGUUCAAACCUCGGACUGGUCCAUCAGGUUAUUUGAAAGUGAAAUGUCAGGUUGAGAAUGCUGCUAUUACUGCUGUUAAAAGGCAGUUGGGAAGGCAUUACCGGGCUGAUGGUCCACCCCUUGGUGUUGAAUUCGAUCCACUUCCCCCUUGUGCAUUUGAGUCUCCAAUUGCCGAACCACAUAAUGGAUCUUAUUAUGCUGAAGAAUCUGCUCUGGCCUACUCACCAGAGGUUGUUAUGGGUCACAGGAAUCAUAAUUCAGGCCCUGGUUACCGGUAUACCUCAGGGAUAAGCUCUCAUAACUCUCAGAUGGAUUCAAGGUCUAAGAAGGCACGUGGACCUGAUAAUCCUGAAGCUUAUUAUCAAGAAAAGUUCCAUACGAGAUCCCCUAAGUACAAUCAAAAUGAUUUUCGUCCUGCAAAAAGUUCGUCAACUGAUAUUCACGAGGGUUCUGUUAAAAGAAAUCGUGUUCAUGAAAGCUGGGAGUCUGAUCAAAGGACUGCACGUGAUGUUGGAGUGAUGAGCUUGGAUUCCCUUUCUGGUCAUAAUCAGUCCAAUAUUUAUGCCGCAAAAAUCAAUAGAAAACCAUCAGAGCCUUGGUUGCAGAACCAUAAAAGUAAGAGACCGAAGGUUUCUACAUCAGACCACUAUGAUUCUGGCCGAUUAAAUUCAACCUAUAAGGUGUUUGAAAAUGAUGAUUCAAAGUAUAAAGGGCUGUUUAGAAGAACACCAAAGGAGACAAAAAGCCCCGGGGAGAAGGUUGCUGUUAAUGACAGUUUUGAUCCAGUUCAACCUGAGGUUGCUUCUAAGGAUGAAAUUUUUACAGUGAAUUACCGAAGUCCAACUCUUUCUUGUAGCUCCUCUGUAAUCCGAUGACAUAUGUGUUUUAACCAGUAUGCUCCUUUCAACCUGUAGGCUUCUAAAAGGAUCAAGAAUGAACUUGUUGAAGAUUAUACGAAGAAACCAUUUCGAAAGGAAGGGUCACCUUGGGAAAAUCAAGUUCCCAGGUUAGAUGCCUGCCGACUACACUUCCUUUUGUGACACAUCUUUUGCUAUCUAUAACUUCUAAGUUUUUUUACUCGAGACUGUUUUGAUUAAGAUGCGCUUGAGAUUUACGGGCCUAGUUCUUGACAUUUUUGUUUAGAAAUGCUAGUAUGCAACAGAUUAAUCAUUGCUAAUUAUUUUCUACCCAUAUUUCCAAGGACGUAUCGGCUGCAGUGUCAAAUCUAAUAAGUUUUUAAGUUUAGAUUUGCACUCCUGACACUUGAUUGAUUGCAACGUUUGUAUGCAUCUAAAGUUUAGAAGCCUUGAAAGAACUACUGGUCGUUUGGUGAUGUUUGAAGACCACGGAUUACAGUUGUAUUUUGACCUUUCCCUGUAAAAUGAAAAAGCUUAUUUUCUGUUAUUUUCAUUACAAUAUUUGGGAGAACAUAUUCUUUUUUGCUUGCAUUUAUUAGACAAAAUUUUGUUCCGCUGACAUGUAUUCAUGCUUUAGGCCUGCUGCCGAGGUACCAUCUAGUUAUAGUGAAGACGACGAGACUGCUGAUACUAGUUCCGAGGAUUGAAGUUCUGCGGGUAGAUAGAAGACACAAGAAAAGAUUGCAAGAGCCAUGAUGGUUUUCCAGGGGAAAGGAAGUGGCUUUGUGAUGUUCAACCCUGGGCGUUGCCGUAACCUGCAGUUUGAAAGCAGGGUAGGAUUCUUAGGAACCUUGCCAAUAGUGAUCUCAAUGUGAUUUGCUUUCUGUCCAUAGGCGUGGCGGUUGUUCUGUCGCCUUUCAAUGUGCAGUAGGUCGUCUACUUGUAAAUAUCGUUUUCAAUGAUUUAUUUUUAGGAAAACAAUGACAGUUUUGAAGUUUGAAUAACAUAAUACAUGAGUGCUUGAAGUUGUUCUCCAGGUUGUCUUUCAAUGGCUGCUGUUCACAACUCUAAUCAACACUUAUUUUCCUCCUCC